CUUUCGGUUUUCAGUCCUUGUCGGUAUCGGUCGUAGGUGUAGAGGCUCGGAGUUUCCCCACUCCGUACUUCCUAGAUCUCGUCGAUCAUGAACCGGUCGGCGUCGGUUAUCUAGUUAAGUUAUCCUUAUCAUUAACUCGGUAACGUUACAUUGUUAUUCCACGUCUAACUGUGAUAGCUCGAAGUUCAGUCGGCAGCUAUAUUAGCAGCGUUCAGUAGUCGUGACUCAUUCAUCUCUAGGAACAGCUGACUGUGUCGGGUGCAAAGUCGCGGCAGACCGGCCGAAAGUUUUCGAGCGCCAAGUGGAAACUGUGAUACUAGUAAUUCGAUUUGAUUUUUUUUACUACGACCGGAUAAAUCGUCAUAUCUGCAAAAAUGUCUUUCGAAGAAUCUCCGGGUAGCCUUCCGGAUGUUUUGGAUGAUUUCGUUUACAUUUUCAAGGAACUGAUGAAGUACUUGGAUAUCGGGGAGGAUAUGAAUGUACCAGAUGACUUCACACAAAAUGAAAUGCAAACUGGAAAGUGGUGGAGACAUUUGGCUGCUGGUGGCGUAGCUGGAGCUGUUUCGAGAACAUGUACAGCACCUUUAGAUAGAUUAAAAGUGUUUUUACAGGUACAACCUUCCAAACAGAAAAUUAGUGAUUGUUUCAAUCACAUGGUGAAAGAAGGUGGUGUUACUGGUCUUUGGAGAGGAAACGGAAUCAACGUUCUCAAGAUAGCACCCGAGUCAGCUCUUAAAUUUGCCGCCUAUGAACAAAUCAAAAGACUGAUCAAGGGAGACUCAACUAAUACUCUAAGCAUUUAUGAAAGGUUCAUUGCUGGUGCACUAGCAGGAGGAAUCAGCCAAAGCGCCAUUUAUCCAUUGGAGGUACUCAAGACCAGGCUUGCUCUGAGAAAAACCGGGCAGUAUAAAAGUAUAGCUGACGCUGCCUACAAGAUAUAUGUCGGAGAAGGAUUGAUGAGUUUUUACAGAGGUUACAUUCCAAAUAUAUUAGGUAUUAUACCAUACGCGGGGAUAGAUUUAGCUGUAUAUGAAACUUUAAAGAAGAAAUACUUCAUGACACACUUAAGUAAUGAACAACCAAGUUUUUGGAUGCUUUUGGCUUGCGGCAGCGCUAGCAGUACACUAGGUCAGAUGUGUUCCUAUCCCUUAGCUCUCAUUAGGACCAGAUUACAAGCACAAGUUGUUCAUCCUUCCAUAGACCCAUCUUCGGCCACAAUGACAGGCGUAUUCCGCACCAUUAUUGAGAAAGAAGGUUUCUUUGGACUCUAUCGAGGAAUCACCCCCAACUUUAUAAAAGUAAUGCCAGCUGUCAGUAUCAGUUAUGUUGUCUAUGAAUAUUCCAGUCGACUCCUUGGGGUCAACAUGACGUGAUGUUAUGAAGACAGCUUAGGAACCAAUUUAUUUAUUUUCCAAAAUUCUGCGGAGGGCAGCAUGGCUUCGACUUGGCGGAGCGAAUCUUUCUACAUGACAAUUUAAUAUUGUCUAGUUUAAAUUUAUUUAUUUGUACAUAAUAAGCUUCAACAUACGCUGGAUAUAUUUCUCCUACUCCUCCAAAUGUGUUGAUACGUUUGUGGCUGGGCAAGAUAAAAUAAAUGCAUUACAACAAA